AUGGGAGGGAGGGGGAAAAAAGGGUUAAGAAACUUGGCUGAAGAGCUGAAUGGCGUGGAGCGGCGAGGGGAGGGACUGGGCCGCGGCGGACUCGGCGGCGGAGGGAGGAGCGCGGCUGCGGGCGGGCGGGCGGCGAGCGAGGCGCUCAAAGUCAGCCUCGCAGACAUUGCAGCAGAGCCCCGAACUCGGGAGGCGGCGGCGGCGGCGGCGGAGGAGGAGGAGGCGGAGGCGGAGGAGGUGGAGGAGGCGGCCGAGGCGGAGGGACGCGCCGGCCCCAAGCCCUCCCGCCCGCCCGCGCACGCCCGCCGGUGGCCCCGCGGCUGCCACUGCGCUUGGCAGCGCUGCUGACCGGAGGGGAGAGCUCGCCGGGGCGCCGAGGGAGCACGGGGCGGCGGGGCGCCUUCGUGGAGUGCGCCUGACGGAGCCCGAGGCGCGGAGCCGCGGCGGCCUCGGGGAGUGUUGGACUGUGAGCUAUUGCAGAACUCUGUUCUCAGGACCCGUUAUUUUAACAGCCAGGAGAAACACAU